AUGCGAAGUGUGAAGUUCAAUGCAGCAGAUACCUUUAUACUUCCUCACCACAAAGAGAAGACAGAGAAACUGAAGCAGUUCCUGCUCCCAGAAAUAGUAGCCCAGGCGGCCGCGGAGCUGGGCGCGCGCGGGGAAGAGACUGCUGGGGGCGACAGGCUCAUCCAUGAGAGGGAUCUGGCCUGGCUACAGCAGGCGGAUGUGGUCGCGGCAGAAGUGACCCAGCCAUCCUUGGGUGUAGGCUAUGAGCUAGGACGGGCCGUGGCCCUCAACAAGCAAAUCUUGUGCCUGUUCCGCCCCCGGUCUGGCCGAGGGCUUUCAGCCAUGAUCCGGGGAGCGGCAGAUGGCACACGGCUCCAGGUGUGGGACUACGAAGAGAGUGAGGUGAAGGCCGUGCUGGAUCGGUACUUUGAGGCUGAUCCUCCCCAGCAGUUGGCUGCCUCCCCUGGCCCAACUACUUGA